GGAUGGGCUUUAAGGUCCCUUCCCACCCAAACAGUUCUGGGAUUUUGUGGGGUAUUUUAAUAAGCGUAUCAACAAACCACAUCCCCCGGGAAUGUUUCUGUUCCCCAGACCAAGGAGUUUUCCCUGUGGUUGCUUUGCAGGGUCAGUGUUCCCACGGGUCCCUCAGGCCCCGCCCACUGCAGAGCCCCCUGUGCUGGAGACCCCCCAGAAGUUCUUCCUGCGCAUAAAGGAGAAACUGCAGCAGCAGCAGCAGCACAAAGAUCCAACACCUUCAGACCCCAUCCAGCAGAACAUUCCUCCUUCCACAGCCACGGAGAAGCCUUUAGUCAGAGCUGCCUGUGCUGAGCAGCCCAGGGCUGAGCCUCCCAAGGAAGUGGACACCAAUAAGGAGGAUGAUGUGGACAUUUUCCUUGUGGAACCAAUAGAUGACGAUGGUGAAAUGUCUCAGAAUACAGGGACUAGUUUUCUGAAUGUAAAUUCCACCCCUUCGAAAAACGAGGAUCAGGUAACAGAAAAGUGGGGAAAUGGAGGAGCAAAACAUACAGAGCUUCAUCAAGACAGAAGAGAGUUGCAGCCCAGUAAAAAACAAGCUGCUCGGGGAGUGGAAAAGACCAUGGAGAGUAAUUCCCCAAAGCCCUCCCAGUGCUUCUGCAGCAUUAUGCUGUCUAGUCCCACAGUCCACAUUCCAAGGAAGCAGAAACUGACAGAAAAGCCCAAGGACCCUUUGGACAAACCUCAUACCGACCAACCUGCUGGCAAAGCAGACAAAGAGAAAAGCAUCUGCCUGAGCAGCUGGAGGAUUAAAGUGAUGGAAGGCAACACGGCGAUUUCUCUGGAGGGCAAACGGCAGGACAUGAAGGGCCUGCUGUGGCACAGCAAUGCCAUCACCGAGCGCGUGGCCCACAACCAGCUGAGGACGUCCUCGGGCAGCCUCUACGUCCUGCAGGGCAAGAUCGACUCUGCCACCAUGAGGAGAGAAGGGUUUCCCUACCGCUUCAUCAAACGAUUCACGUUUGGCUUUUCCAGGAGGUGGAAGGAGUAUGUCCAGGAGUUCCUCGAGGAAAGGAGGAGGAAAGACCGAAAACAGAACAGUGGUGUGGAUGAAGAGAGUGACACUGUGGUGGAAGGUGAUGUGUUGGAAACUGCAGAAGGCUCAAAGAAGAAACCUGGAAUGAAGAACACCACCUAUGAAGUAUUGCCAAGGAAUGAUGAAAACACCUACACCACCCCGAGGCACAGCUCCCAGGGGGACGACUCGAGCAGGGUUUACACUCGCAGCGGGAGACAGGUCAGACCCCCCAUGAACUUCUGGUGUGGGCAACGAGCUUUUGUGGAUCGGAACCUUGAUGUCACCCUGGAAGAGGGUGGUGUGGAUUAUCUCAGCCUGAUGCUUAGUAGUGAAAAAUCCCACAAAAAGACCAGUUUCCUCUCUAAGAAGAACAAACCAAAGGAAGUCAUGAAGACAACAGAGGAAAUGCCAAAAAGCCAAAAUAAAGGUAAAAACUUUUUUUUCCCUAUCUUCAAUGACUGUUGUCCUGCAGAUAAGAAGGAGCUGGUGAUAAGUGCCAGGGUGGGAACCCUCAAACGGAAGCGGCAGAUGAGGGAGUUCCUGGAGCACCUGCCCAAGGACAACCACGACGACGUGUUCACCACGACACCCUUCCAGAACAGGAGAGUCAAGCUGCCGCCGCUCCGGAACGACGACCCCGAGGACUUUUCCCUGGGGGAGCUCUCGCUCAGCCCCAGCUCAGCCGUGUUCCCGCUGGCCAAAACCCCCCAGUGCGAGCACAUCAGCCCGGGAAUGCUGGCCCCCAUCAACAGGUAGG